GAGAGGAAGAGGAGGGCUGCCCAACUCUUGGUGCGAUCGCGUGUCCGCCAGGAAGGGGUCGGGUUGGGAGAGCUCCGAAGCGGCGCCGGCGGAAAAGGGGCGGAGGAAGGAGGAGCGAGACAGAGGAGGCGGGCGGCUUCGAAGGGGUCAAGGAGCCCAGUUAACUCCCAGCAUUGUUAUUUGUUGGAUUAGUUAUUGAAGAGAUGGCCCAUACUGCUGCCAACUGCUAUUUUGAAAGGAUGAUAGUGGCAGGAUCCACACUCCAUUUCACUUGCCGAUAGUCUUAAAAUGAAGACCUUCAUUUAGAGGAGUCUUGGGCUCAUGAAGUUAGCAGCACCUGCCAUGGUGGACGUUCCCUCUUCUCCCACCUGUGAAGUGGAUUUCUCACCAUGUUGCAUACCUGAGAACGGCUCUGAAGGAACCAAGCUGCUGGUAUCCCUGGAGGACUGGAACGAUGGUGAGAAGGAGCUGGACUCCGCCGGAAGCUCCCUAGGCCACUCUAGGAAAAAACACUUUCUCUGUGUCUCAUUGCAAGGCAAGGAUGCCGAUGCCGCUACCUCCGAGACUGAGGUGUGGGUGGCAGAACUGCAACACUCUUCCCUCUCCAGCUACAAGCGCCAGCAGUGUAGAAAGCAAGGGUUCAUGGCCCAGGAGGUGAGCAGGCCUAUAGGCAGCAUGGAGGAAGCUGGGCUUUCCCAUGGGAGACAUCUACAGUGUCAGGGUGCCUGCAAGAAGAAGAGAACUGCGGAGAAUGGGCAGGAGGUGCGGGAGAAUCUAGAUGCCCAAGCUCCCUGCUCUGAUGACGUGGUGCAGCUGAUAAAUGAAGAUGGGGUGUAUUCCUCAGCCAAGCUGGUGCCCACUACGAAGGUGGCGCUCUCGCCGUGCCUGCCGCAGCAUUUGGAGCACUGCAGAGGGGAGGAUUUUGAGAUCCGGCAGGUGAUUGUGGAUGAGAAGCCAUUCCAGUGUGCCAUCUGUGCCAAGGCUUUCAAGCGGGCAUGGGAGCUGUUCAGCCACGAAGUGGUGCACAAUGAGGAACGCCCCUUCUGCUGCCAACUGUGCCAGGCCUCGUUCAAGCGCCAUUCGGACUACAAGAGCCACGCCCUUGUGCACACGGAAGAGCGGCCCCAUCGCUGCGAGCUCUGCGGGAAGCGUUUCAAGCGCGCCUCCAACCUCGCCGAGCACCGGCGCAUCCACUCGGGGGAGCGCCCGCACCGCUGCGCCGCCUGCGCCAAGCGCUUCAAGACGCCCUACGAGCUGCAGAGGCACAUGCUGACGCACUGCGCGGAGCGGCCCUUCGCCUGUGCCGCCUGCGGGAAAGGCUUUGCCGCGCCGGGGGCCCUCCUUUUGCACCAGCGGCAGCACUGCGAUGACAAGCCCCACGUCUGCGGCGUCUGCGGCAAGCGCUUCGCCUACGGACACAGCCUGCGUGUCCAUGAGAGGGUGCACACCGGGGACCGCCCGUUUUCUUGCGUCCUCUGUGGCAAGGCCUUCAAGCAGUCCAACGCGCUGGCCUCACACGAACGGGUGCACACAGGGGAGCGGCCCUUUGCCUGCGCCACAUGCGGCAAGGCCUUCAAGCAGUCCUCGUACCUGGCCAUCCACGCGCGGUCUCACACUGGCGAGCGCCCCUAUGCCUGCGGGGCGUGCGGCAAAGCCUUUGCGCGGCCCUCGCUCCUCCUGCAGCACCAGCGCGUCCACAGCACCGAGCGGCCUCACCGGUGCCGGCACUGCAGCAAACUCUUCAAAGACUUGGCCUACCUGGCUGUGCACGAGAAGGUGCACACCGGCGAGACCCCGUACAAGUGCUCUGUCUGCCAGAAGGGCUUUGCGCACCCGUCCAAUCUCCUUCAGCACCAGCGAAUCCACCGGGAUGGAUAGCGAGGACAGGCAUAAAGAGUAAUUUGCCAUUCGAUGUAACUUUACGUGCCCCGACUAACAGAAACGCAGCAGUUUCUGUUCACCUGUACACUCCAACCUGCAUCGGUGCCAUACAUGCAUGCUGCGGUAGACGGAGAGCAUCACUUGCAUGCCCUUUUGCACAUCCCCCAAGCCAUGCUCAAGGUUGCCUGGGUGUGCGUUGUUCUACACAAAUGCACUAUGGUUCCCCGCCCCUGCAGCGGCACGAAAAUAAAUAGUAGCUGGAGUAUGAGGAUCGGGCCUCCAUGUAUUUCACACAAAAUUGCACCCUCUGAGAAUCUGUGCUGUAGCUUGGUUCUUCAUCCUGCAAGCGUGUUUCUAGUCCAUAAGAUUAUAGAAAUAAUGUUGAAAACCAUGCAUUGUGGAGUUUUGCAAAUCAGAGCCAUAGGGCUGAGCAGGAAAUCUACAGGAGCUGCAGUGCUCUGUGGAACCCUUUGUCCUUUUCCUUAGCUAUAGCAAAAACAGAAGGCAAUUGUGUAAGAUAAGCCAAUGUAUGCACAUUGGCAUAAUUUGCAUAAUGUGCUCCAUUGACUAUUUUUUUAAAAGCACAGCCAUGGUUCUGAGUAUUGUCGCCUUAUACCCUGAUGGGCAGUACUGCUGACUUAUAGCGCCUUGCAUAUUUGCAGGCGCUUACAGAACUUCUGAAAAAAAGUAAUUUGUGGAUUCUUUUUAUAAAAAUGUGGGGGAAAUGCCAAGUCUCUCACAGUGUUGUGAGAGUGUGUUUGUGUGUGUAUUGUAUUAUGCAGGGCCAUCCUUACCAUAAGGUAGAACGAAGCAGUUGUCUCAGGUAGCAGAUGCUGGAGGGGCAGAACAGGGGCAGGCUGUUGAAGGUUCCAUUAGGCUUGCCAUAUGCCACCUAAGCUAACCUGCUACCCUCAGGUGCUGACCUGUCACCAUUGUUGAUGUAAGAUUGAAUUGCCAGGCCUGUCUGUAUUUGGAAUGGGAGGGAGGAGGUCUUAACCUUUCUUCUCUGUUGUAGCUUAGGCAGAAUGUCAAGCUGUUGACACAAUGGGCCUCCUUCCCUCUAUCGCUGCCUUUGAGCAAGAGGCGGUAUUUGCAGUAUUACAGAAAUAAGCUAGGGAAAAUGCCAUCUAUAUGUUUAAAUUGUGAACCGCCCUGAGAUCUACAGUUACAGGGGCGGUAUACAAAUAUUAAUAAUAAUAAUAAU